GUCCUCUAUUAUCAGAAAAUGUCACAAGAACAUGUUGAAAACACUAUUUUCACCACAGUGGGUCUUCAGAUGAGGAGCUGCGGGUCUCCCUCAUCCUCCGGCUCCCUCCAUCUUUUUUCCCGUCAUCCCGUCGCGCCGGAAAGGGCAGUGCGGGAGAGAAAAGGAGGCGUUGCCCUCCUCCUCCCCUCCACACAACACAUCAGCUGCAAAUUUAUGCAGAGCAGCGGAAUCAGUGCUGCCGUCCAGCACGGAGGAUCCAGAAGGGAGAGGCGGCGCCGGCCAGCUCGCUCUUACAGCCGGGAAGGCCGCGGAGUCACUCGGACUCGUCGUGCUGCGGUGCGGGGCAGCCGGUGCAGGAGGAGGCGGGGGAAAGCCGCAGCUGUGACGCCAUGGAGACGAGCGGCGAGCAGAACCAGCAGGGAACCUCGCCCAACGGGAGCUCCGCGUCUGGAACGAGCCCCCGAACCUCGGCGAUGAAUUCCAUGUCUCUGUAUGAGCGACAGGCUGUGCAGGCCCUGCAGGCGCUGCAGAGGCAGCCCAACGCGGCUCAGUACUUCCAGCAGCUGAUGCUGCAGCAACAGAUCAACAACGCCCAGCUGCAGAACCUGGCUGCCGUGCAACAAGUGAAGGCGACUCUGGCUGCCAGCCGUCAGUCCAGUCCCUCCAGCAGCGGCGGCGGCUCUUCUCAGAGCACCAGCACCUCCUCUGUGAGCGUAACGUCUGGAUCCACAGCCAGCAGUCGUCCUUUGGGCGCCUCGGCAACCUCCACAAUCAGCCAGUCGGUGCUGCUGAGUGGGACAGCGGGAGGGCAGGGUCAGAUGUACCUGCGGGUCAACCGCUCCCUCAGGGCUCCCAUCUCCUCCCAGCUGAUCUUCAUGCCCAGCAGCACAGGAACUGCGGCCGUGGCGGCUCUGCCGCAGCAGCAGGAGGCGACUCCUGCGUUGUCCUCCAGCAGCCAGACCGACAACGACCAGGUCCAGAAUCUGGCCAUGAGAGGCGUGUCCAAUCCCAAAGGUGUGGGUGUGAAAACUGAAGCCCCAGAGAGGAACGAAGCAGCUGCCUUUUCCCUGGUCCAGCCCCCCCAUCAGUCAAACCCCCAGUCUCCUACUAAACCAAGCCCCCAGCCGCCCCACAUCAAAAUCCCCACUUACCCUCAGCCCACUAACCUCAAAGCCCACCCCUCAUCGUCCUCCGGGGUGUCGUCGUCCUCUUCGUCCUCCACCUCCUCCAUCCCGCUCUCGCAGCUCCUGCUCCACGGAACCCGGACGCUGACCACGGGGAGCACGGCGCCCACCGCCGCACACGCCCUGGUGCUGACAUCCAGCGCCGCGUCGCAGCCUCACGGUUACCCAGUCGGCACGGCCACCAUCAAACCAGCGGUCAACACUCAGACUCUGGUGGUGCAGCCUCUGCAGAAGACCUCCAUCGGGGCGGAGAAGUCGGGUCACGGGAACGCCCCCAUCCCCAUCCAGCCCAAAACUCUGCAGGGGCUCCGCCUCCCUCUGCAGCUGCCUUCAAGGAACCCUCCUCCCAUCCUUCCUGCCCCACCUUCCUCCAGCAGCUCCGCCCCGACGUCCCAGCCCCCGCACAUCCCCGUUCAGAUAGUGGGGGCUAGGCAGAGCUCACUCGGGGGGGCCCAGGCUCUGGCCUUGGCCCGGGGCAGCUGCAGUCAGGAGGGGGCAGCCGUCCUCAGCAGCUCGUCCAGCCUGCUCACCAUGGUGGCGUCCAUCGCUUCCAGGGAGGCUGGGGUGGUGGGCCGAGGGGUGGGGCUGAAGACACUUCAGUCCCCCCAGGAGGCCCCCCUGCUGGCUCAGGUUCCCCAGGUGCACCCGCAGGCCAAUCAGAACUCUGGACAGAACCAGAACGGACUUGUGGCGCUAAACUCCGCCUCCUCCCAGCCCCCCACAGUUUCAUCUCGUUCGCCUUCACAGUCCCGCCCCCCGAGCUCCCACCCGCCGCUGGCUGAAGAGCAGAGGCGAGCCGGGGUGACCGCCAACGGAGACUCUGUGGGGGGUCAGACCCCGCAGGUGAAGCAGAUUCCUGUGUCACUAAAGAGGAAAUCCGACUCCAAUUCACAAAAUGAUGAAGAUGCCCCCCCUCCACCGCGGCUGCAGGCAGUCAGAGACUGCGUCUCAUCGUCCCCCGCCAAACCUGCGUGUGCAGGCUCUCCUCUUCCUCCAGCGUCUCCCUCCCCCAUCCCGGCGCUCUCCGUGUCCCGUGGACCCUGCGGACAGGGGGAAAAAGCCCCGCCUCCUCAGGCUGUGGUCAAACCCCAAGUUCUCACACACCUGAUAGAGGGCUUUGUUAUUCAGGAAGGGGCGGAGCCUUUCCCAGUAUGCGGAAACAUGAAAGACUCGGCGGGGGAGGAUGUGGUGCUCGACAGUCCAGACACUAAUCAGUCUGAAAACGUAACCACGGCAACAGUGCUGAAGUGUGAAUACUGCAAAAACUUUGCUCCUGCGAGUCAGUUCCGAGGGACCAAAAGGUUCUGCUCCAUGUCUUGUGCAAAGAGUAUGUAUUGGUUCCCCAGGUACAACGUCAGCUUCAGGCAGCACAUGCCCGUGCGGCAGAGCCACGGCCAGCGUCGGGGCCCGGAGCACGCCGCGGCGCCGGAGCAAAGCCAUUUAUCCAACUCGGACGAGGAGGGAGGAAUCGCCAGGAGGAGGGUUCCCCGCCGGACCAGCUCGGAGAUCGCCAGCGCCAAGAUAGCAGGGAGACCCAUUCCUGUCAAGUGCCGGUCAGAGUCCAGCCAUUCAGAGGAGGAGUCCACCGCCGAGGAGGAUGAAGACGACCCAAUGUCACUGUCCCCCGCCUCCUCGGCCUCCUGCCACCAGCCACCGCCGCCGCCUCCUCUGCCGCCAGAGAGCUCCGCUCCCACCUGCCCGCCCACAAGCCCCGCCCAGUGGAGCGUGGAGGAAGUGUCGCAGUUUAUUUCUUCACUUCAAGGCUGCGAGGAGCUCGCCUCCAUGUUCCUGUCGCAGGAAAUCGAUGGCCAGGCGCUGCUGCUGCUGAAGGAGGAGCAUCUCAUGUCCACCAUGAACAUUAAGUUAGGCCCCGCCCUGAAGAUCUGCGCUCACAUCAACAACCUGAGAGACUGAACCGCGUUCAGACGAGCCGACGCUCGGACCAAACCCCCGAAGGAGCCGCUGCCGCCUGCACGUCCGCCUGAGGUUCUUCUGCAGAGAAGGUCCAGGUUUUAUCAUCACAACACCAAUGGAGUUCAAGCCGACACACUCAAAUGUGAUUAAUGAAAGGGCUCCUCCUGCGUCUUUAGUUUGAAAGUCAAAAGAAAAGGAGAAUCGGAUGAAGCUAUAAUUUGUUGCAAAAUGUUAUUUGAGAAGAAAUCCCUCAAAGAUGGAAAAAUUUCCUUUUUUUUGAUGAAUGUUGUCAGGAAAACGUCAAUCUCACAGGUGAUGUUCGGAUAGACUUUUGUGGUCAUCGUUUGUGAAUGAUGGCGGUUCUGUGAUGAACAGGGUACAGAGCGAGUUACAGGGUACGAGUCCAAAUCAGGUCCCUGAAAGCUUCUGCCGAGUCGGGGUCCACCUCAAAAAGAAAAGGAAAGCCGUCUACAAUGGAAGUAGUGUGGAGCGUCUUGGUGUGAAUUUCUCCAUUUGAGAAGCCUGGAGCUGAACUUUAGGACGUGUAAAGUUUGCCUUUUUCUAUUUAAUUGCACAUUUCUUUGCUGGACCGCCUCGUUUGAGCUUUUUCUGAUGUAGAACUGUGUUCAUGUUUUGUGUGAACCUGGUGGCCUUUCUCUCUAGUCUUUAGAUUUUAGAUGAGGAUUGUCGUUUUUUGUUUUUGUAAAGCUGCGUUUCAUAUCAUUCCUUCUUUUUUCUAUCAGUGCUCACUGUUUUUUUACGAACUCAGGCGACGGCGUCUGUUGCCUUUUUCCUGACUGAAAAGUAGCGACCUUUAUCAAGGAACCUGGUCUUCCUCAUAGCUUUGUCACUUAGUGUGUAACUACAACCAGUAUUUAGCUUUCUAGCGAUCUCUCCUUUACUGUUAGUGACUGUGACUCCUGAAGCGUUUUCUUUAAAAAGGGUCAUGCUUGACCGCUGUGCGUUUUUAGUUCAGCCCCUUCAGGAUUUGCGAGCCUCAAAUUCUAGUGUCGUUUGGCAGAUUAAGACUUUCUGUUUGUCCAAAAAAAAAAAAAAGUUUUGAUUUUUAUUUAUAAAAGAGGAAUUGCAGAACUGAAUGUGUUGCAAUAAAGCUGUAAAAUCCUGGAGGAGGCUGCUUUCACGGAGGUUGAUACUUCACUGCAAAUAAAGAAUCAAGGAGCUGUUUUGAAACGUU